GACCGACCCGGAUUCACGCACUUGCCGACACUCCGGUCAAGCCGAGGGGACCGAGUUUCAACGAAACGGAGAACGGAACGGGAAUCCCCCUUCCCCGUUCGGGUGUAAACGCGCGAGCGAUCCUUUUAUUGUUUACGAAGUGCGAAAUUCUUAUCAUCGUGCAUAGUUUUUGUUCGUAAAGUGUUUGACCCGAGAAACUAUUCUCUUCUGGUGCCCCACAAUCGGAAGGACUUGUCAAGAAUCCGGUUUAGUGUGAUCGGAGUUUAUCCGGGAAUCCCGAAGAAUUUUUCCAGUACGGUGGAACGUUUUUUCUAAUCGGGGUGAAGUGAUUACCUCACGGAAUUGUAGAGAUAUCCUUGUUUCUGUAUAAAAUGACGGAGAGACCAGCCUCGAAAGAGGCUUGUUGGUCCCCGAUUUGUUUUAUCGAACGAAGACGUCAUUCACGAAUGGAUUUUAGUUUCUGAAGACGGAAAUUGGUGUAUCGACGGACAUAAAAUUGUUAUUUAAAUAUCAAGAAGGACCUAUGGCUAAUCGAAUCAAUAAACGAAAGCAGUGGAAUUCGUGUUGGACUGUUACAUCUUAAAUUAGUUGAGAAAAAAAGAACAACGGAGACAGUGAAUUUACAAGAAAAGAAAAAGAAAAAUAAAUGUCUGAUAAAAUCUCCGUCCAAGGGGGAAGAACAAAUAGUAUCAGAAACUCGUAGAAACAAAAUGGCCGCCGCACAGAAAUUUUACAAGGUGGCCCAAGCUAAAUCGCUUGUGCAAUAAAUAUAAACAUUCAUUAUUUCAAUCUUCAUACAAUCAUAAUCUAGUCCUUGGCAAAUUCUCUACGAGUCAACCACCUCUAUUCAACAUUCUACUCCCUUGUUCGAUCGUCCUACGCAGUCGCGAUCGAUGUCACUUCCCUAUUUGCUGUAGACACAUGACGACUCGAUGAAGACACCCGUUGUUUGAAGCACACUGCCUCUGAUCACAAGCACCGAGUACUCGCGAGAAGAAGAGAUCAUGUCGGAGCACGGUGACAGCGACGUGGACGCGACGGAGGAGAUCAAUGUGGAUGAUUCGGAUUCCCGAAGUUGCAGUCCGCAAAAUUACGUGAGCCACGAUGGCCGCCACGUGUCCCAGGAGACCUCCGAGUGUUCCACUUCACCACCUCCGAGUCAAAUCGGCGCGAGGACUCUGGCGAACAAUCCUCCCCGUAGCCAUCCGUUCAGCAUAAGUCGUCUGCUGGGCGAAAGCGGUGUCCAGAAUCCUAAGAGCCCGUCCUCGGAAGAACCAGACAGCGACAAGGAGAGGAAGUGGUCUUGGGAGGAGGGCAACAACAAUAACAACAAUAACAAUAAUAACAACAACAACCAAGCAUCCUCGGGUGGGAUUCUCGAUGAUGGCAGGCGGUCUUGGGGCCACGACGCCGAGGAGAAACUAUCGGAGAAGGACGACGACGACAGUACACCCGACACUCGCGCAAACUCUUCCUCGUCCGUACAUUGUCCGUCGGCAGCGGAACUCCUCGCCCCCUUCCGAGUCUUCGACUCUACCGAUUUCAUCUACGCCGGCGGCAGCGUCAUAAGGGUACCGGCGCACCGGCCACCGGGCGCAAACGGCGCGCCGGUCAGCGUUUUGCCCGCACAGGCGCUGAUACCACCCUGGAGUUUGCAGGCUCUUCAACACAGCCAACACCAAGCCGCGGCAGCCGGUCUGCACCGGGCGAGCCUCCUGGCGAACCUCGCUGCGCACCCUCUGCAGGCGCAUCCGCAUCUCAAGGACAGACUGGCAGUGGCUGGACCGUUUCCAAGGCGGAUCGGUCAUCCCUAUCAGAACCGGACACCACCGAAGAGGAAGAAACCAAGAACGAGCUUUACCAGGCUGCAAAUCGCGGAGCUGGAAAAACGCUUUCACAAACAGAAAUAUCUGGCUUCCGCCGAGCGGGCGGCGUUGGCGAAGUCGUUAAAGAUGACGGACGCGCAGGUGAAGACCUGGUUCCAAAACAGGCGAACGAAAUGGAGGAGACAAACGGCGGAGGAAAGAGAAGCCGAGAGACAAGCUGCGAAUCGGCUGAUGCUAUCCCUGCAAGCCGAGGCCCUCGGUAAGGUGGCAUACCCGACGUCAGUGUCUGGACACCCGGGCAGCGCUCCGGUGUCCAGUUUGGACAGGCAGCAAGCAUCGACGACGACUCUGACCCAUCCAGUCGGCCAAUGGGCCUCCCCUUACGGUCCACCGCAGCCUCUAGCCGAGCCGAUUUGCUGA